UCCAACUAUAGUAUGGGAACACGGGCCUUUUCCCAUGACAGUAUUUUUAUACCUGAUGGGCGAGCAGAGAGCGAAGAGUCAAUUGAAGCAAUGUCACAAGACAACAUUGUGGGCAAAGUCAAAUCUCUUCAGCAACAGUUGGCCAAGAAUAUAAAAUUUGGCCAACCCCCACAAAUGACAGUUUCAGUGAAGACAAUUGGGGAGGCAAAUGCUAGUUUGGAAGCUGAUGUACUGUUGAAUAACCCGAUGGAGACUGAGACACAGCAGGACACAGUUCUGCCAGAGAGCCAUAAUCAAUUAGGUGGUCUGAUGGAUUCAGUAAGCCCUUCAAGUCUGCACAAAACAAGGCAUGAAGGAGAAGAAAAGGUUACUCCAAUCAAGUCAUCCUCUCGGCCAAAAAGACACCACUCCCCUUCUGGCACAAUAGAAACAGUCGAUCUUGAUGCCAUCCCUCUGGCAAUUGCUCGCCUGGAUAAUAGUGCAGCAAAGCACAAACUCUCUGUCAAGCCGAAGAAUCAGAGGGUUUCUAAAAAGCACAGAAGGUUGUCAAAGGAACUACAGAGCGUAAAAGUGACUGAGUUUCAGCCAGGAAUCCCAGAAUCAUUACAGGAUGAAGAUAAAGUCUCAAAACACAAUAGCCAUCUUGUUGCAGACAAGCCAAUCCAUCUUAGAGAAGGCCAAGAACAGAAAGCAGAAGGCAAAGGAAACCAAGAAAAUCACUGGGUGAACAUUGAGACUGAAAAGAAAAUACAAAUGGCAGAAGCAAAAGUAAAAAGCUUUAUGGAACCAAGAGGUCUUCAAGAAUCUGAGGAACAUCAAAGAGAACAAAAAAGAAAAAAGCAGAAAUUUCAGGAGGAGCAACUUUUUAAAACUGAAGAGAGAAAAGUUCAAGAAGGAGGGAGACAUCAAGAAUGUCCAGUUCAAAGGCACAAAGGAGAAGACGAAAAGGGAGGGAAGGAGGAGGAACUUAAGGAACGUGGGGGACAUCCACAAGCAGAAGAUGAACCUCAGGAACAAGAGGAAGAAAAGCAGAGACAUCAAGAACUGGAGGCCCAAAUGCAACAGGGAGGACACAGAGAUCAUGAACCAGAAGCAGGGCAACAGAGGAAAGAAGAAAAUCUAUGUGAACUGGAGGCACAAAGGCAAUGGGAAAAACAAAACCAGCAGGAACCAGAGGCACAAAAAGAACAGGAGGAACAAGAACGAUGUGAACUGGAAGCACAAAGACAAUGGAGAGAACAAAAACAAAGCGAAUUUGAGGAACAAAAAAUACAGGAAGAACAAAAACAGUGUGAACUGGAGGCACAAAGGCAACAGGAAGGGAAAAACCAGUAUGAACAGGAGGCACGAAAACAAAAACAAUGUGAACUAGAGGCACAAAGACAAGAAGAACAAAGACAUUGUGAAUUGGAGGCACAAAAACUACAGGAAAAACAAAGGCAAUCUGCACUGAAGGCACAAAGGCAAUGGGAAGAACAAAGACAGCAUGAUCUAGAGAUACAAGGACAACAAAAAGAACAAAAACAGUGUGAACUAGAAGCACAACAGUUACAGGAAGAACAAAGCCAAUGCACACAGGGCACACAAGGAACACAGGAUGAACUAAGGCAGAGAGAAUUGGAAGAACAGAAACAGCAGGCAAAAAAGAGCCGCCAGGAAGAAAUAGAGGACAAAAAACCACAUGAAAAGCUGUUGCUGCAAGGAUGGAAAGAAACAAGAGAAGAUCUGGAGAAGCAAAAACAGCAGGAAGGGACACAAGGUCAUCAGGAUUGGGAAGAGAAGAGAGGAAGAGGAGUGGAAGAAGAAACGCAUAAGGCUGAAAAGCGGGAUGAACUGAGCCAACAAGUACUGCAACUACAAAAAACAGGGCAGAGACAGAAAGCAUUAGAGAAACAGAAAGCUCUAGAAGGCAAAGAAAAAUUGCAAGGAAAAGAUAGUGCCACUAAUUUGGGAAAGCAAAGGAGAUCAAGGGGGCAACAGGAGAAUCUGGAAGCCAGGCAAAUGAGCAAGGAUGAAGAAAAGCAGCAAGAACCCAAGAAGCAAAUUAGGUCACCAGAAUAUGGAAAAUGUGAAUCAGCAAAAUUAAGGCAGUCAUGGGAUGAAAAAAGCAAGCAACCAGAAGAACAGAUACAAAGAGAAGGGGAUCAAAAACUAGAUGAAGAAAAAACACUGAGUUUAGAAGGACAACCGAUACAGGAAAAACCAAAAGAGCAAGACAAAACCUUCCAACAGCACCUGGACAAAAAUGUGACUUCAGAAGAGACACAUAUAGAGACUGUGAAGACAGAACUUCCGCUGAAAGAGCGAGUAAGCCAGCAACAGAUGGAGCAGGCAGACAAAGACCAGAGGAAAGAGGGGACCCUGAAGAGCAGCCAGAGGAGGAACAUUGAAGCUCAGGAGCAGGAAAGAAUUCUUGGAGAAGAGCUACGGUGGCAGGAAGUUGAUGCAAGACAAACUAUGCCACGGGGAUUCACUUUCCAAGUAUCAUCUGGAGAAAAACAAAUAAUAUUCCAGAAAGUGAAUUUGAGCCCAGUUACUCCUGCUAAAGAGCCACCAGUUUCUUCCGACACAAAAGAGCUUAAGACACUGAAAUCUGGCAAAGGUUCUCAUGAUCUCCCAAGCUCUUUAUAUGUCCCACAUACCGCGAUUUUGGUCACUGGAGCACAGCUCUGUGGCACUGCAGUAAACCUCAAUCAGAUAAAAGAUACAGCUUGUAAAUCUUUACUUGGCUUAACAGAAGAAAGAAAAAUGGUAGAUGUGGCACCACCAGAAAACACUCAGAAACUGUCUCCUGAAGCCAAGCCAAGCAGCAGUAAAAUGAAGCCUGCUGAAGAUCCAUCAGGCAAGCAGGCCAUACUAGCUGAGUGGGCUUCCAUUAGAUCAAAAAUCUUAAAAACUGCAGAAAAUGGCAAACUUCAUGAGAAAGACAAAGGAAGCCUCAGUCGACACAGUGAUGAUUGGGCAUCUAAAGGGCGAAGCACUCCCCAUGGUAACUUGCGGAAAACUUUGUCUGCAAAUGCAAAGUUUUCUAUAACUCCUGCAUGGCAGAAGUUUUCAGAAGUUUCAAAGAGUAGCACUGGUGCUGAGAGUAGAGCUGGUACUGUGGCAGACAACACAGCAAGAGAGUUGGGUCCAUCCACUGUCCAUUCAAACAGAGAAGCAGUUCAUGCUGAAACAGUGUCUGGUACAGUGAAUGUACACGGAUCGCCUGUAGGGAAACCCAGAGUGCAUCAUGAAGUGGCAGAUAACACAGAGGGUUGUAAAUUUGCCAAAGAUCUUCCAUCCUUUCUUGUUCCAAGUGCUACAUGUUCUCUAAGUAAAGAAAUGCCCCAGUCCGAGACCUCUGAUGCUACAGAAACCCCACAGAAUAUCAGUACAAGAAAACUAGACAAAGCUUCACCAAAUGGAGAAGAAAAUAUUUCUCCAUUUGGGGUAAAAUUAAGAAGGACCAACUAUUCCUUGCGUUUUCACUAUGAUCAGCAAGCGGAACAAAAGAAGAAGAAAAGAUACAGUGCAGGAGAUAGUUUUGAUGGUGUUCCAACUCCUCUAGUUACACCAGACAGUGAACAAGAUCCAAUUAAUAUAUUUUUAAAAGCAAGUAAGUCUCCUAGCCAAGAGAGAAAGGAUACCAUUUCUAAUUCUGUAAAAGCUUCUUCAGUUAAUACUAAUCAAAGCUACAUUACAGGUGGCCUGGUACCAACUUGCAGUCAUGGCUCUGCACCGAGUCAAGAGAAACCUAUCUGUAAAUCACCACUCCCACAAAAACCUGCACUAGCCCCAAAGCCCACCAGCCAAACUCCACCAUCGUCCCCUCUCUUGAAAAUCCGAAGGCCUAUGUUAACAGAAUCUUCAGGGCAAAAGCAGGGUAAAACUGAAAGUGGCACCAGCUGGCGAAAAAUGGAAGCUAAAGGAAGCUCUCACCUUUCACAAACACCUGAAGAAAGGAAGAGUGAAGAGGAAGAGUCUAAGGAGAAAAAAUCAUUUUUCCCAUCCAUCCCCAUGCCAUGGAGAGAGAAAGCCGAGAAAAAGCCAGAGCCACCGAAAAAAGAUCGGCCAGUUCUUCAGAGCAGACAUUCUAUUGAUGGUUCCAAGCUGGUGGAAAAAGUUGAAUCUGCUCAGCCGCUCUGGAUCACUUUGGCAUUACAAAAGCAGAAAGGUUUUCGAGAACAACAAGCAACCAGGGAGGAAAGGAGGCAAGCCAGGGAGGCAAAGCAAGCUGAGAAACUUGCUAAAGAACCUGCUAGCAUAAAUCAUCCAUCAGAUAGUAAGAACACAAAUACCAGUAGGACAAGUGCACUCCUAAAAACUCCAGCCCAGGAAGAGAAGAAAAUUGAGACUGCCACAUCAAGGCUGGAACGCAGAGAACAGCUUAAAAAAUCAAACACCCUUCCUACAUCUGUGACAGUGGAGAUCUCAGACUCUGUUCCAUCAUCUCCUCUGGCAAAAGAAGUCACCAAGAGAUUCUCUACGCCUGAUGCAAAUCCUGUAUCAACAGAACCUGCCUGGCUGGCUUUAGCAAAGAGGAAAGCAAAAGCAUGGAGUGACUGUCCACAAAUUAUCAAGUAAAUUAUAUUGGUUUUGCUCCUUAUGCUUUCUCCUUUUUGUUAGUAUUUUCAUAUGACAGAACCCACUGAAUACAAGUGCAUAUCCUGAAGGAUGAAGGACACUUUGAACUGUUCACCAUUUUCUUGCUCACUGCAGAUUUUUAUCUACAUUGCAAAAUUACUACUUUGAGAACCUAGGUACUAUUAGAGAGAGGUGUUGGUACAAAGCUCUAGCUUCAUCUCUCUGAAAAGUACAGGGAUGUUAAAAUGUCUAUUUGAGGUUUGGACCCUUUAAAAAUCGCUGUUUCCAUGUUCUGAAUUUUGGCUUCAGUGGUUUGGGAUUUCUAGCUGUCUUUUUUGGACAUGUUAUUGUGAACACUGCAGAGAUUCCAGCCACUGAAAUGUUUUAAUUGAAUGUAAAAUGCAUGUUCUUUCCUCUUUUAAAUUAAGAAUGUAAUACCAUUUACUGGGAAAUUUAAAAACCUUACUCAGGUGCACAAUUUGGAAAAACCCACUCCUGUCUUAGUAGUGAUGAGAAUAUAUAAUGGUUAACUUUUAUUAAGGCUGACUUUGAAAUAAUUUGCAUUAACGUGUGACUGAUGAAAGCAAGGGAAUGCCCAGUCCUGCCACAUAGAAGCUGCAAUGCUGGAGUUUCUCCAGGUGUUUGGACUAUAUGCAGGCGAACUCAUGUAUAAAUGUUUUCACAAAUUCUGAUAUUUUUUUUGAAAAAGAAGAUUUUUGUGGUAAACAUUGCAUUUUUUCAGUAGCUUCUAUCACGAAGCAUCUAAAUAUAUCACUAUAUAUUUAAUAUGCUAAAACUGGAGCAAAUUAAAUAUGCAUUUUCCAACUCCAUUUCUCUGUGUAAUCCCCCAAAUCGUGCAAAAAUGCACUAUAUUUUCACUAGGGUACGCAGAAGCAUGUUAUUUUGACACAUAUCAUGUUCCCCUGAAAAUAAGACA